CUGCCAGUGGCAUCAUGGCGCAGGCGGCGAAUUUCUACGUGUGGGGCGCGGCGCCAUGGCAGGGGGAUCCGGCGAUGUACGCGCCGAAUCUCGUGCAGGUGCUGGAUGCCGACAUUGCCGGGGUACACUUUGGCCCCUCCUUCAGUGUGGCGUUCACCGAGGAUGGUCGGCUCUAUUCGUGGGGGGAGGACCACAGUGGUCAGCAGGCAGGCAGGGAGGGAGGGAGGGAGGGAGAGAGAGAGAGGAGUCACCAAUGCAUUGAUUGCAUCAUGCUCUGCACUGCAGGGUGCCUCGGCAUCGGCACACGUAAGACACUCGCCAAAGAGCCCACCGCAAUCAAAGGCAUCCCACAGGAUGAACGAGUCGUUGGCCUGGUACGUCCCUCCCUUUAUGUACUCAUCUCUCCCAUCUAUGCAUCUCGAUUUCCUUCUGUCUCUUCUCUCCUUAUCAAUGCAGACUGGCGGGACCGAUUUCGUGCUGGCAUGGUCGGACAAGGGAUCCGUCUUUUCGUGGGGCGACAAUGCCUUCGGUCAGCUGGGCUCCGGAAACCAGGCGCAACGAUUCGAGCCGAAAAAAGUUGGCCUUUUGGAGCGAGAAAUUAUCACGCAGGUGAAGGGAGAGAAGGCUGUGGGCUUCUCGUUGCGUGCCUAUCGUGCGUGUGCAUAUGAUGCAGAUAAUUGUGGCGGCGGGGUGGUCAUGUUUCGCCUUGGCGGAGAGUGGGAUGGUAUACGCGUGGGGCGGCAAUGUCCACAACGAGCUGGGGCUGAACAGAUCGGAUGACCGCGUCUUGAGGCCAGAGCCUGUGCUGGCCAUGAAGGGCAGGAGAAUCAGGUAGGCCACUGACUGGGGGGUGUUGGUCAUAUGUGUCCGGCUCUUGAUUCGCCUUGGUACCCUUCCUCUGUCUUAGAAAGAUCGAAGGCCACAAUGGCAGUAUUGUGGCAUAUGUCUCCUCCAAACCAUCAGAGAGCCACCAAGCACCCCAAUUGGUGGCUUCUCCAGUCUCAGCCCAGAGCGCAUCACUGCUGCCGUCAUUCACCAGAGACAUCGAAGUCUUCGUAAGAACCACUCCUGCACACGAAUGCAUCGCGUCUUGCAUUGUCUGCCUGUCUAUGCCGGUGCAUUCAGUGGGGAGUCGACCUGAUGCGAAGAGUCCUGGACGAGAUGGCCGAAUGGUGGUCUCGGGUGCUCGAAAUCCGACACGGGGAGCCUUCACCGAGUGCCAUCGACGCAUCGGGCGGAAGCAUCCAUCUCCUUGGGCACGAGCCCACAUCAGACGACCUCGACCAAUUCGCGUCAGAAAGCCAGCUGCUGCGGGCCGCGGAGGACCUGUCAACCCUGACACGGGCGGUGCUCGACCAGAUGAGGGAACUGGAGCACUCGGCCACGCUCAAGUUCCUGCUCGCGGUCAUGCUGGAUGACAUCCGGCUGAGACACGAGAAGAUCGACCGCAUACUUGCCACACGACGGCUCGUCGACGCCAAGACGGAUCUGCAAGGCAUUGUGGACCAGGCAGAGAUGAGUGGUGAUGAUUACCUGGAGGGAAGAUACGACACCGAUAGCCAGCUGAGGAGACUGGAGCAGGCGUCGCGAGUGACUGAAGCCGCCCUUCAUAAUGUCAGGACCGCGCCGGCGCCUGAUCUGUUCUCGCAAGAGCUGCAGCUUGCCGUCAUGGAGUCCCUGGAGAAAGGCCUGCAGCUGAAUGAGACCCACGCGCAGCUCAUCAAGACAGCUGGCAGCAGGAGGCAGGAAAGACAAGGACGACGAAGGCAGUCUCAGCGACACGGCUCAUCUUCCAUGAGAAGGGACAGCGACGCCGGCAACACAGCUGCAGGCGAUGGACAAGUCGCGAUCGACGUGUAUGAGGAUGUCUCUGCCCUCAAGCCCGUUGCGCGUCGGUGGCAGGCGCUGAAGGGUUUCAGCUUGGGAAGGCUGUGUCUCGAGUGCGAGAGGAAUCGAUACGAUUACGGAAACGAUGAGGUGAAUACGCAUACACACACACAUACACAUCAGCUGCCCCUCUCUAUGGAUGGAUGUAUGUGCCUUCCUUCGCACACAUACAGGAGUUCCUUGCCUUUCUGGUUCGGCAGAGCGACGCCAAGAUCGACAAAACCCUUCGGCUCGACCGAGACCAACUGCUGUCGAGGAGCUGUCUCGCCCCUUCACUUGUUUACGACUUGCUGCUGGAGAACGGGGAGUUGAGGAAAAUGGCAAAUGCAUACCAGCUGAGGGUCUAUGUCCUCGACAAGGGCAGGAGACGGCAGGGCAGCGGCAGCAGCGGGAGCAGUAAGUGAAUCGCCGUCAAGACAAAGGGCUUAGGCGGAGUAGGUGUCUCUGAGACUAUUGUGGGAAUGCAGCUGUGCUCUGCUGUGCGUAGGACUGUGUGUAGGAUAGACGCCAUUUGGGUCGUGUCAUCACUGACUGAUCAAUGAGUGAGUGAGUGAGUUGAAGUCGACAAAUAAGUCG